UCACACGACUGAGAUAAGGGAGUCAGAAGUGCUGGCGAGUGUCCGGACAUUUUGCUGCUGGUAGUUCGACAGUUGUCCCCGUGACUUCAAAUAUUUCCUGACAUUCCUGGUGAUGUCCUAAACCUGUGAACAGCAGCAGCGACUUUGUGGUGCGAUACACUCCCGCGCUUUGUGUACCUACAGACUUCAGUGUUAGAAAUCAGCCUCGUCAGUCGAGUAUCUGGCGAACUCCAACCUCUUCCUCUCUACUUCUCUCACAUGAUCAGAAGUGUCAUUAUUGUCUACAGCUGUCCCGCUACGAGACAUUCACUCACUGAGCAUCAGGCGACUUCAGCCUCAUCUACAGCUGUCACACAUCUACAGCUGUCAGACUUCAGCCUCAUCUACAGCUCUCGCUCUACUGGACAACUCAGCAUCAGACGACUUGUUCUGUCACGUGCUCUCAAGGUGCACUGUCCUGCGAGGACAUCCAUGACAAUGACACACAGCUGCAAGAGGGCCGUUAGUGAGGGAGUGACAAUGACAGGAGUUGUGUUGUUGACUGCUGUCCUGGGCGGUUGUUGUGGGUUCAAGUGCUACCAGUGCUCCUACUCCUACGACCCUGGCGCCACGUCCAACAAUAUGGACUGCAUCUACAGCCCUGCCCGCGUCGCCGACGUCCACAUCAACUAUCACUGCGACAAACGCUGCUACACACAGGAGUUCUACUCACUGGAAAACAGCAGAGUGGAGUCCAUCAUACGCACGUGCAACUGGAAGAACGACAGCGGCUACUGCAUCAAGGACUCGCUGUCCAUCACCUGCUACGACUCGUGCGCCUUCGAUCUGUGCAACGACAUCCAGCAGCCGCUGCACGAAAUCUUCCCCAUCAAAGACAGCAGCGGCGGUACCGACGGCCAGACCAGCGACAUGUCACAUUGCCACGGGGCUGGAGUCACUGUCAUGAUGACUGCCAUGGCCACUGCAGUACUGACUACUUGCCUGCUUGUCUAGAACAAGGUCUGGGUCACCAGACUUCCUCACAGUUGGUAGAACAGGUGAUUAUGAGGCUGUGUCACGUCUGUCACACAUCAAUCAAACUCCGCGUGACAGACUGACAACUAUAUUCCGAGUGUCACAGACUGACACCUAUGUUCUUGGUAUCACAGACUGACACCUAUGUUCCUAGUGUCACAGACAGACACCUAUGUUCUUGGUGUCACAGACUGACACCUAUGUUCUUGGUGUCACAGACUGACACCUAUGUUCUUGGUAUCACAGACUGACACCUAUGUUCCUAGUGUCACAGACAGACACCUAUGUUCCUAGUGUCACAGACAGACACCUAUGUUCUUGGUGUCACAGACUGACACCUAUGUUCUUGGUGUCACAGACUGACACCUAUGUUCUUGGUAUCACAGACUGACACCUAUGUUCCUAGUGUCACAGACAGACACCUAUGUUCUUGGUGUCACAGGCUGACACCUAUGUUCCUGGUGUCACAAACUGACACCUAUGUGAUCUCUUAAUUCCUUACUUAUUCUCUACUCAGCCUCUACUUCAUCCCCAACCGGUCUUAGUGUAAUGUGAGGACCAUAACGAUGUCUGUAAGAACAUAAUGUCGGGUAUGUACUGACUUGUCUGUAAGAACAUAAUGUCGGGUAUGUACUGACUUGUCUGUAAGAACAUAAUGUCGGGUAUGUACUGACUUGUCUGUAAGAACAUAAUGUCGGGUAUGUACUGACUUGUCUGUAAGAACAUAAUGUCGGGUAUGUACUGACUUGUCUGUAAGAACAUAAUGUCGGGUAUGUACUGACUUGUCUGUAAGAACAUAAUGUCGGGUAUGUACUGACUUGUCUGUAAGAACAUAAUGUCGGGUAUGUACUGACUUGUCUGUAAGAACAUAAUGUCGGGUAUGUACUGACUUGUCUGUAAGAACAUAAUGUCGGGUAUGUACUGACUUGUCUGUAAGAACAUAAUGUCGGGUAUGUACUGACUUGUCUGUAAAAACAUAAUGUCGGGUAUGUACUGACUUGUCUGUAAGAACAUAAUGUCGGGUAUGUACUGACUUGUCUGUAAGAACAUAAUGUCGGGUAUGUACUGACUUGUCUGUAAGUGCCAAACGCUUGCCAAUUGUUGACAGGUGUAAGGGUGUGUCACGCUCGUAUUUGAGGACUUAUGUAACUUUCAGGGUAGAAAGUGUGGUAGUUGUUGUCGUAUAUCUAAAGGUGAGUGUAAUGCUCAACAGUUGCUGAGGUGAGUCUACAUGCAAGCGUGUGAGUGUCUUUAGCAAACAGAAGAAAGGGAUUUGUGCUUGAAAGUAUUGACAGUCCUUGAAUAACAUUAUUUAAUACAUGAUAGAGUAAGAAUUAUGUGUCAUGUUAUACAUACAUUUUAUUCAAAUAUUUGAUAAAAUAUAUUUCCAAGAAUAUAUAAACAGCUGUAACAAAAGUGUGCAUGUAUUGACAUAAAAUAAAGACAUUAUAAAGGUAUACAAUGUGUUAUAAUCUCUAGAUAUACGUGAAUGUACCUUUGUAAAUGUAGAAAUAAGCUGUGAGUGUGCUGCACACCUGUAAAUAGUCGUGUGAUUGUGAUUUCUGACUGUGGUGACUGAUGCUAACAGUUUGGCCUCCACGUGCAUUUCAUGACAAAACAAACAUUCCUGUCAGAGGGCGGUAGUUGAUGUUGACCUGUCUGGUGGCAAAAGUGCGGACAUAGUCACUUCUGACAGAAGACGAAUCAUAGAUGGCAUGUCAUUGCUCACAGACAACAG